AUGGCGCGGGUGGAGGAGUCGUCAGCGCGCGUGGCGGAGAGCCGGCGCAUCAUAGUGGCGACGGAGCAGCUGGGCGUGGCCAUCUUGGCCGACCUGCACCAGCAGCGCCAGUCCCUGCUGCGCACCGGCGAUACGCUGGAGGACGUGGACCACUACAUGAGUCGCGCGAGGCGGGUGCUGGGCGGCAUGGCUGUGAAGCUGCACCGCAACAAGUGGAUCACCGCGCUCAUCCUCGCCCUCAUGCUCGCCAUCGCUGCCGUAAUCUACCUCCGCCUGUGCCACUAG